GGCCGAAGACUGAAACGCCCCUGCCUCCGUAGUCCAUAUCCGAACCAAGAAGAGAAUAAGAACCCUAAUCGACAGCUAUAUAUAAACCUCAGGAAGGAUGCGACGUUUAAUUUUUAUUUUCAGCAAUUGUAUUGUUGAGAGAGCCACAGCCCCACCGCCACGAGAUAACCCAUAUAACCAAACCGCUUCUACUGAUCUCUGUAGAUAUCUUUUCCCUUCUGCAUCCAUCGGCUCCGCUGUCUUGCAACACCCUGAGAUCUACACCGAUUGCCGCUCUCCUUGUUUCUGCGUCCUUCGCCGUUUCGCUAUCUUUUUGAAGGUGCUCUUUUCUCCUUAUGUUGGUUAUUGUUACCGUUUGUCUGUUUUGUUUCCGAUUGCUGGUAAAGGUUGGAUCUUGCGAUUCUGGAUGGCUGAUUACCUAGCGUUGUUUUUCUCUUUGGUUGCAUGGUAGAUUAGUUUAGGAAUUUGGGUUUCUGAAUAGCGGAAGCGCCGUUUUGAUGGGCUAUUCGUUUAUGUUACCGAUUGUUGUUCCGUUGGGCGUUAUUGUAGAUUUUGUAUUUGGGUUUGGUUUAACAUACUCCCAAAAGAUUGGGGAGUCUGGUAUUUCUUGGUAUUGUUUCUGCGAUCAUCUUUUAAUGCUUUUUGGGGUCUGUGUUUUGAGAGUAUUUACUGUGUCAAUUAAUGAUGAAAGAGGAAGUAGCUACAUGAUAUGGAUUGGGAACCUCUUAAUUACUUUUGAAGGGUACUUAAUUUAUCUAUUAUCUGCAACUGUGCUUGUUUUGCAUACGAUCUUUUUCCAGUAGAACCUUUGUAUGAUUGAUUUCAUUCUAGAUGUCUUAGGAUGAUUGAUAUUGUGCAUUUGUAUGCCUGAUAUAUGAUGUCUCUUGGUAAUUUACUACUGUCUUUGGCUUCCCUUGGCUCCUGAUAAACUUAUGUUGUCACUGCUUAAUUGGUUCAGUAUAUACUUGUCCUUACCUUCAACCGGGAAACCCCCUUGCUUUCAUUUUGUACUGAGAAUAUGCUUUCCGACUUAUGUGGUCUGAUAAUCGGUGCAUAAAAGUCGAUUGCGGGUUAAUGUAUACUCAAUUGAGACUAAGGAACCACAAUCCAGGUUUCAAUCAUUCGUGUGUUGGAAAACCUUAUCCCUCAUAUUAUGCCAUUAAAGGUUUCACAUUUGGCAUUUAAAGCAACCAAAUGCUCUAAAUUUGCUUUCCUGCUUUCUGUAUCUGACUUCAUGUAUGUGUGUAAUGUGUCUCCUUUCACUUUGGAACUUUAAUCCUGACAUCUGCUGUUUUUUUGGUUGUUCAGGAGCCUUGCUGGAAGUGUUGCUGCAAUCUGCAGUUUGUGAAAGUUGAGAUUCUUUUAUGUCCAUACAGGCCAUUUUCAUCUUGGGAACGAUUGGAUUGCUAGGUAAUCGUUGCCUGCUCUCACGGGAAAAGGAGCGGCCACUGUUUGACCAAAAAAUCAUCUGUAUGCAUACUGGGCCAUUUGUUGAACACUCAGAGCUUCAUGGUUGCUUCUGGAUGCAACCUUUUGUGACAGAAAAAGUGAAGUCUUUUCUUGCUGAAAGUUCUUUGGCAGGCAAUAUCAGCUCUUCAUACCCUCUGCAAUACAUCCUUCACCCUCAGCUAUUAUAAGCAUCUCAUCUUUGAUUUACUCUUAAUCAAGACAAGAUGGCGUUGCAGAACAUUGGUGCUUCAAACAGUGACGAUGCCUUCUACAGGUAUAAGAUGCCUAGAAUGGUUACCAAGAUUGAGGGCAGAGGAAAUGGCAUCAAGACUAAUAUAGUCAACAUGGUUGACAUUGCAAAGGCUUUGGCUCGGCCUGCUUCUUAUACUACCAAGUACUUUGGUUGUGAGCUUGGUGCUCAAUCAAAAUUUGAUGAGAAAACUGGUAUUGCUCUGGUGAAUGGCUCACAUGAAACUGCAAAGCUUGCUGGACUUCUGGAAAUCUUCAUAAAAAAGUAUGUUCAGUGCUAUGGCUGUGGGAAUCCAGAGACUGAGAUACUCAUCACCAAAAGUCAGAUGCUCCAACUCAAGUGUGCUGCCUGUGGUUUUAUUUCUGAUGUGGAUAUGAGAGACAAGCUGACCACUUUCAUUUUGAAGAACCCACCGGAAUCAAAAAAGGGAUCGAAGGACAAGAAAGCAAUGAGGAGAGCUGAGAAGGAACGACUAAAGGAAGGUGAGGCUGCAGAUGAGGAGUUGAAGAAAGUGAAGAAGGAUGUCAAGAAGAAGGGCACAACUACUACCUCAAAGGAUGGAGCCAAGGCUGGAAGUACAAAGAAGAAGGCAAGUGGAUCUGAUGAAGAGCGCGUGUCACCUACACAUAGUCAGGUUGAUGAGAAGGAAGAGCACGAUGAUGAUGAUGACGAUGUUCAGUGGCACACUGAUACAUCUGCCGAGGCAGCUCGUCAGCGCAUCCAGGAGCAAUUGAGUGCUGCUACUGCUGAAAUGGUUAUGCUUGCUACCAUUGAUACCGAAAAGAAGGCCAAGGAAACUGCAAAAGCUAAUGGCAGCAGCCCAAAAGGUGCUGUUUCUCCUAAAGCUGAGGAGAAAUCCAAAGAGAACGGGAAUGGCAGCAGCCCAAAAGGUGCUGUUUCUCCUAAAGCUGAGGAGAAAUCCAAAGAGAACGGGAAGACGAUUUCUGCCACUACUCUAACCAGUGAGUUAAAAGAAAGCAUUGGUAAAGGAGUCUCUGCAAGCCAGUUGCCUGGUCUUCUGGAUUCACUUCCUGGUUCAGGUCAGGAAAAGAUGGAUGCUUUAUUUAUGGCAUUGUUCGAGGGUGUUAAGAAGGGACUUGCGAAGGAAGUUGUCAAGAAGAAGAAAUAUCUGGCUGCUGCCAUUGCAGCCCAAGGUGGAGAAUCUCAGUUGCUUCUACUUGGUUCCAUCCAGGGUUUCUUUGAGAAAUCUGGUGCAGGGAAGGAGGUGGCUCUUAUUCUAAAAGCUCUCUAUGACGCUGAUGUUCUGGAGGAGGAGCACAUUCUGCAGUGGUACGGGAAUCUAAAAGGAGCCAACAAGGAUUCUAAGAUCGUGAAGAGCGCUGAGCCAUUCAUUGAUUGGCUCCAGAAUGCUGAAUCGGAGACCGAAGAGGAAUGACUUGCAGGGUGUUCUGUCCGUUGUCGUAAUCAUUGAUGCCUUUGUUUGUCUUCAAGAAUAAAGUGUCUUUUGGGUUUUAUGGGAACACUACACUUAUAUCUGUCUUUUGUUAUAUCAAACUUCUUUCAUGAAUGUUGUUUGGGGUUUGGAUUGGAAAACAACUAUUGUGCUUUUGUUUCUUAAGCUAUGGUAUAUGUCUUUACGUUAUCUUUGUCUGUCUAGUUGAAUUGUGUCUUGGUGAUGCUGAUGAUUUGGUUACGUCAACAUAUAUAUGCAUUCUGGCGGACUCCAUUCUGUUUUGAGUUUGAAAUCUUCGGUUUGCAUUGACAUGAACGCAAUUGAACAAUACGGGACGCUGUACUUUGUGAUUAACUGAACCUUAAAAAGCCAUCUGAUAAAAGCUAUACAUUUUU